UCGAGGUGUUCGUUCACGCGGGAGAAGACAAAUCUUCUUACAUUGACAAUGGCAGUAUCCGACUUGGUCAAGCACCUCGCGAGCAUAAGCCCAGCCGCGUAUUGCCAACUCUUCUAUGUCCUCGCGGCUGCAGCGGUGUUAGGAAUCGCGGUGGCUCCUGAGUCUAUACGACGCCUCCUGACCCAAUAUGGGGCUCGAACUUCACCCACGGGCACAUCGGACGACAAGGAGAGAAAGCAGGCUCGCGAUGGACCUCUCGUUAGCCUCGUUAGCCUCGUUAGCUGGGCCACAUCUGUGGGUAAAGUGCCUCAUUCAUGGUUUAUUCACUUCUAUAUUAUUUCUGUGUUCUGCUCCAUCUUCUGGGCGGUCCAAUUCCUUAGCCAUGGAAAGAUACUCGAGUUUAUAGUCAAGAACCAAGCUCCAAGCGAGGCAUCCUCGAUGUCGAUCAAUCAAGUCGUUAUCGUAUGGGCUUUGAUGAGCUUGCAAGGUGCUAGACGUCUAUACGAAUACGUGGCCAUUGUUCGCUCUUCAUCUUCUGAGAUGUGGAUUAUCCAUUGGCUACUGGGUGUUGCUUAUUAUUUCUGCACGGGCAUUUCUAUUUGGAUACAUGGAUCUCGUUCGAUUCAGUCUUCCGAUAGAAGGACAUUUAGUAUCGAGAUACCAUCAUUCAAUACGGUCUUCGGGGUUAUCACGUUUUGGGCCUCAUGGUUCAUGCAAUACAGAUGCCAUAGCUAUCUGUCUCGAUUGAAGAAAUAUUCACUUCCGGCGGAUGGCUUAUUCCAGUACCUAGUGUGCCCGCAUUAUACGUGCGAGUGCGUGUUAUAUCUUUCUCUAGCGUUGAUAGCAGCGCCCGCCGGCCAACUGUACAACAAGACGUUGAUCUGUGCUGUACUGUUUGUCGCAGUCAAUCUUGGUGUCACUGCAAACGGAACCAAGAAGUGGUAUAGUGAAAAAUUCGGCCACGAAAGAGUCCAAGGGAAAUGGAAAAUGAUACCAGGCAUAUUUUGAAAUCAAAUCAGUCUGGGCACAUCAUUUUUUCUGCAGAAAUCCGAGCUUGCCUCCCAACUUGGAUACUUUCACCACGUCUCGAUACGUUAAGCUGGUACGCGUCUUUCGUACAUUGCAACCAUUUGCAAAUUCUUUAGGCGACCGUAGGAGUUCCCAAUUGGCAAUCGUACUAUUAGAGAGCUCAAUAUCUUCCGUGAUAUCUUCGAUACCAUGGAGAAAAUCUGUGUAAAGAUCAGAGGUAGUGAUGAGUAGGCUUCGAGGCUCUU